CAACAAAAACAAGUAAAAUGCCCUCCUUCAUCUCAUUACGCAGAGAAGGGUGUUGAGUAUUUUGGCGAACAAUGAGUGAGUCUACUGUAGCUGCGGCCAGCGGGCCGUCUCUAGACGAUAAUGGCAAGAAUGGGCUCUGGCUGAUCUGCAAAAGGUGCGGCUCAAAAAUCGUUGAGCCUGGUGUAGCCUUGUUCGUCGACCAGGAGCGGAGACUACCUGCCAUGGAGAAGAAAGCGGGCAUUGAGUUGUCGGCUGACGGCGAAGCACUCUCCUCCUAUUUUAAGCUGACCGAUAUGAUGCAGUUUGAGAACGUCGGAUUCACGCUACCGCACCAGGGCCGCAAGUUCCUGAUCUGCGCCGACUGCGAGAUUGGGCCGAUUGGCGUUGUGGAGCUCGACAGUCCCAGUGAGUUCUGGGUUGCGCUGGAUCGCGUGGUGGCCGACGCAAGCGGUGCGGCUGCAGCCAAAGCCCGGCCGCAGUUUUCAUCAUAGUAACAAUGUUCUACACACCGUGCUAAUUUGACACUCUCGGUGGGCUGCGCAAAGUCUCGAACAAUCCGCAGCCCCUUCACCAUCGCGGCACAAGAAGUCGUUGUGUGCCAGGCACUCAUCUACACAGCAGGAUCUCUCAGCCCGGGUCGCUGUACAUAGACAUGCUUGUUCUGCUGGCCUGCAGGACAUUGUUCGGUUGCAUGUGAUACACACACACUAGCUUAGCACUACAAAGAACUGUGAGAAUGGACCAGACGGCUGGCCCAUGUACUGCUCUCUCUAUGCUCCGGAAAGACACUUUGCCGACCGCAAAGGCUUAACGUAAUGCAUUGAUGUGCUGCACACUUGCUGUCUACUCUGCUUCUCCAUCGGUGGUGAACAUAAACCUUUCAGCUAUCACAGCCGCGUUUCGAUACUUCAGUUUUCACAGCCACUGGAUGCAGCUUUGAUCCCCCACUAAAUCCAUGCCAACGACUUGACCGCGUCGCAUCUAUUUUAUCGUGCAUUUCUUCCCACUAGGCUCCCCCUUUUCAAUUUCUCCUUUCCUACUUUUCUAAAUAAUUUAUCAUCGGCCUAUGGAUGGCUCCGGUCCUCGAUCGCACUUGGGUACUGCCCAGGCAGUCGUACGAACGACUCCCCAACACUGCCUGAUCGAUUAUAUUUUCAGUCUCUUGCUGAUGCCUCUGUGCUGCGGCGGUUUUAUUGUUGAGAGCGUUGUGAGUGUUUUUAGAACUCUUCUUCUGGCUUUUCUAGUGUUGUAUGCAGUGCCCAUGAAUGAUAAACUACAUGUACUACGUACCUCGGUACAGAAAAUUAACGUGUUCGUUCAUGACAUCA